AUGGCGACCAAACUACCUUCACUGACUCCAAAAACAGUGGCUGCUCAAAGCGAGGGUGUCUCCAGCGCAGAAAAAGCGAAAGCGGCUAUGGCGCUGAUAGAAAAUGAAGGACUGUCGGAACUCAAAGUCAUAUGGCACGCAAAAAUGAAUGUCAGCCCCAUCGCGGAUCUUCCUUCACGUACAACAACUCACGGCUUUCCACCGAAGCUAGCCCAGGAGUAUCCGGAUUUGGAGUUUUUACCGGCGACGUUUAAGGACCCCUUGGCAAAUCUCAGACUCGAUGAAGAACUUCCAAUCUGGUCGCCACCGGAACAUGGAGCAUCCGAGCCGGGUGUCAAACGAUCACGUCGUAUUUCGCGCCUACUUGCUCGCAAAACCGCCAGCAGGGGCGGCAAAAAACCCGGCUUUCUAAAAACGGUGCCCGACAAGUCGCUUCCGGUGCCACCCCUGGUGCGCAGUGCCUACUUCUAUUCCUACGGUAGGUGUCCAGCCUGCGCUGGUUUUAACAGACAGACGAUGAGGACAGUGGAGUGUAGCCUUUGUGAAAAGGCCAGAAGCAGCAAUCGUAAGCGAUUGUUCAACCAUCACACCUCACAACGAAUCAGUAAUUCCACGAAGGACGGCACACUGGAGCACCUUAUCGGAAAAACAAAACGGAGGAUCUCUGAUGGGAGGGCGAGAGAGACAAUUCGGCAUCUGGGUAGCGCGCUUGCAGAAGUCGGAGUGGUCGACAAACUGGAUGUCAAUGGACCAUCUGAAGGAAGGUUAAGUUUCAGAAUGCUACCGCCGCCAAGUUCGAAGUCAAAAACCGAAACUCCCGUCCCCUCUGAUUUGCCCAAUUUUUACGCUCAGACUGAUGACGGGGGGAGUUUUAACAGCUUUACCUCUGCCAGUUGUGAUGAUAAUCUCUCCAUGUCGAUGAAAAAUAGUCAGUUUCUCCACCGAAAAAAGGAAAGAUUCACUCCAAGGAAUCAGCUAAAACCGGAUGUUAUGGAUUUAAAAUGCAUGUAUCCCGGCGCCACCAUUCUAUCCGCAAAGUUAAAGGACUAUGACUGUCACGUGCCCCUUAUUUCCUAUGAUGUAAAUGAGAUGCGGGAACUCUACACCGUGACCAUCCUCAAGGACACCUGUCUGAGGAGGCUGCUUGCAUUCAGAAACCUCUCUUCCCUGCCGGCGGAACUGCACUAUAUCAAGAAUAUCAAGAAGCGCGAGGAUACAGACGACUCUGCACCCGGAACAAAGAAUCUUGAUGCCGCUGGGGACAAGGAUCAUCAGUUUCGAGUGACCAUGGAAAACACAGCAAAGAGCAUCCUCACUGAACUCGCAAAUCACUUCUACGAGGCGGACUUUGUUAUCCUCUCCCUUUUCACUAACUGGCUCGAACGUGCUCGCAAAGAUACCUGCCUUCUCUGUCUACAGACGGCAGACGAGAUGAGCGAAUUCCUGCAUAUUCUGGGCCGAGAACUACUGAAUGAUAUCUUUAAGCCGGCUGGAAACGCCAGAAUGCAAAUGCUCUUUGUGCUGGCCACCGUCUCCGAGGAAUCCCGCCUGCGUCACUUCCUGUGGUCCAGCGUGAGGACCUGGCUUGAACCCCUACUGCUGAGUCUGCUUGUCGAAUCGGCCGGCACUCGAGAGGAAUCCUGCUAUACACUCGCUUACCUCUUCAGUUGCAACACCCUGGUGAACGACAUGCGACACAACUACGAUCUCGACAUCCCCUUUGAUGUGGCCUCAGUGGUCAUACGGGCGCUUGAAAUGAGGCCAGAGAGUUUCAUGCAUUUCUUCUGCCUGUUGGCCUACAUGAUCGAGGGCUGUCCCUCCUACAGCAUCCUCAACUGUCUGAUUGACAAAGCUCCAAAGACGAAGUGCACCAUCUUUCGUCAGCGCUGGCCCCUACUCAUCUAUUACGCCUUCAAACACUGGGAGGACAGUUACAUCUACGUCAGUCCCUUCCACCCAAAACGCAUCUGUGAGGCCAUGGCAGUUGCCUAUGGCGAUCCGGUAUCUCGAAAAGCUGCGAAAAUGGCGCUGAGUGCCAUCAGCAGCAGAACGCAUCUCAUUACACCUGUGGUCACCUGUUGGCUGAACCAAUGGAUCAACAUGGAGGAAUCGUCCGAGGGCAAAAGUGACUGA